AUGAAUUUCUCCGGCAAGUACCAGCUGCAGAGCCAGGAAAACUUUGAGCCCUUCAUGAAGGCAAUUGGUCUGCCUGACGACCUCAUCCAGAAGGGGAAGGACCUCAAGGGAGUGUCGGAGGUCGUGCAGAAUGGGAACCACUUCAAGCUCACCAUCACCACCGGGUCCAAAGUGAUCAAGAAUGAGUUCACCUUGGGGGAGGAGUGCGAGCUGGAGACCAUGACUGGGGAGAAGGUCAAGGCAGUCGUUCAAUUGGAAGGUGAUAAUAAACUGGUGACAUCUUUCAAAGGCAUCAAGUCCGUGACAGAACUCAAUGGAGACACAGUCAUCCACACCAUGACAUUGGGUGACAUUGUCUUCAAGAGAAUCAGCAAGAGAAUUUAA